AUGAGAAGACACAUACUCUCUUGGCUUUUCUUGAUUCUUUUGUGCUUAAUAAACCAUAAUGCAACCAAUGGCUAUUUUGUUGGCCAAGAGUGUUCCACAUUGCUCCAUUUAAAAAAUAGCCUAAUAUUCAACCCUACAAUAUCCAAAAAGCUUAGUCUUUGGAAUCAAAGUGAAGAUUGUUGCCAAUGGCAUGGGGUGACAUGCAACGAGGGGUUGGUGGUAGCCCUUGAUCUCAGUGAAGAGUCCAUUUCAGGAGGACUUACAAAUUCAAGUGUUCUUUUUAGCCUUCAAUAUCUACAAAGCUUGAAUUUGGCUUUUAAUAACUUACGUUCAGUGAUUCCUUCAGAGCUAUACAAGCUGAAUAAUUUGAGGUAUUUGAACUUAUCUAAUGCUGGCUUUGAGGGGCAGAUUCCACAUGGGAUUUCUCUCCUCAAAAGUUUGGCUACUCUUGAUUUGUCUUCUUCAUUUACCUCACAUCACAGGCUAAAACUUCAUGAGCCAAAUAUAGGAAUGCUUUUACAAAACCUUACAAAUAUCACAGAAUUACAUCUAGAUGGUGUGGCAAUAUCUACCAAAGGACAAGGAUGGUGUCAUGCUAUUUCUUCAUUGCACAAGCUACGUGUUUUGAGCAUGUCAUCAUGUAAUCUCUCUGGACCUAUCGACUCUUCACUCGCAAGGCUUUUAUCACUCACUGUUCUAAAAUUGAGCCACAACAACAUGACAAGCAUAGUGCCCGGAUUCUUUGUAAAUUUCUCCAAUUUAGUCACACUACAGCUCAGAAGUUGUGGCUUGAAUGGUUCUUUUCCAAAAGACAUCUUCCAAAUACCAACAUUGAAGAUCCUUGACAUCUCAGACAAUAAAGAUCUUGGGGGCUCUUUACCAAACUUCCAACCACAUGGUUCUCUUCUUGAAAUGAAUCUUAGCUACACAAAUUUCAAAGGAAGACUUCCAGGUGCUAUUUCCAAUUUGAAGCAAUUAUCUACAAUUGAUCUAUCUUACUGUAAAUUUAAUGGGACACUUCCUAGUUCAAUCACAGUUCUCACCCAACUUAUUUAUCUAGACUUGUCUUCCAAUAACUUUACAGGCCCACUACCUUCUUUUAAUAUGUCUAAGAAUCUCACAUAUUUGUCGCUUUUUCAUAAUCAGUUAUCUGGGGUGUUACCAUCUAGUCAUUUUGAGGGUCUUAAAAAUCUUGCCAGCAUUGAUUUAGGGUUUAACUUUUUUAGUGGAAGCCUCCCUUCAUCUCUACUUAAACUCCCAUAUUUGAGAGAACUUAAACUUCCCUUUAACCAACUCGGUGGUUUUUUGGGUGAGUUUGUGAUUACCUCUCCUUUGUUAGAGAUGCUUGAUUUGGGUAGCAAUAAUUUGCAAGGGCCUAUUUCUGAGUCAAUUUUUAAUCAUACAACACUUCGUGUCAUUCAACUUAAUUCAAACAAGCUUAAUGGCACAAUACAGUUGGACAUGAUUCGUAGGUUGAGUAAUUUAACUACAUUAAGCCUCUCGCACAACAAUUUUUCAGUUGACAUAUACUCUAUUGAUGAUCGUGACUUAUCACCUUUUCCUAAUCUAAGAAAUCUAAUGUUGGCAUCUUGCAAGAUGAGAGGAAUCCCAAGUUUUGUGAGAAAUUUAUCCACAUUACUUUAUCUUGACCUAGCUGACAACGAGAUUGAAGGGUCAAUACCUCAAUGGAUUUGGCAACUUGAAUAUCUUGCUCACUUGAACCUUUCCAGAAAUUUUUUGACAAAUUUGGAUGGUAGUGUUUGGAACUUCACUUCAAACCUUUUGCUUGUUGAUCUUAGUUUCAAUCAACUACAAGGGCCUUUUCCUUUCAUUCCAACGUUUAUUAAUUUUUUGGAUUUCUCUAACAACAAAUUCAACUCUGUCAUUCCACUAAACAUUGGAAAUAAUGCCCCUUUCAUAAAGUUGUUGUCUCUUUCAAACAACAAUUUUCGGGGACACAUCCAUGAAUCUUUUUGCAAUGCUUCAAGUCUUCGCUUGCUAGAUCUUUCCCAUAAUAACUUUGUUGGGACGAUUCCCAAGUGUUUUGCUACCUUGAGUAGCACUCUAAGGGUGUUGAACUUUGGUGGAAAUAAACUUCAAGGUUAUAUUCCUAAUUCUCUAGCAACUUCAUGUACUCUCAAGUUAUUGGACCUGAAUGAUAACCUCUUGGAUGGCCCCAUCCCAAAAUCUUUAGCCAAUUGCCAGAAACUACAAGUCUUAAACCUUCGAAGAAAUUCAUUACUUGAUGGAUUUCCAUGUUUCUUAAGUAGUAUUUCCACCUUGAGAAUAAUGGAUUUAAGGUUAAACAAACUUCAUGGGUCAAUUAGAUGCCCAAGAAGUAGUGGUGAUUGGAAAAUGCUUCACAUUGUUGAUCUAGCCUCCAACAAUUUCAGUGGUGCAAUUCCAGGAGCAUUAUUAAAUAGUUGGAAAGCAAUGAUGCGUGAUAAUGUUAAUGUUGGACCAGAAUUUGGCCACUUAUUCAUUGAUCUCAUUGAUCACUAUGAUCCCAAGACUUACAAGGAUAUAAUGUUGCAUUUGGACAAAAAUAUUGUUGCAAAAUUAACCAAACUUGUUACAAACAUAUCUCGCUCUAUCCUUGACCAAGGAUCCUCUGAUGCUUAUGUAGUGGAUAUUUCUCGGUAUCAAAAUUCAAUUCUUAUUACCAACAAAGGUCAACAAGUGAAGUUGGACAAAAUCCAAAGGGCUUUCACUUAUUUGGAUAUGUCAAGCAACCAUUUUGAGGGUCCAAUACCAAAUGAGCUAAUGCAAUUCAAGGCAAUGAAUGCUCUAAACCUGUCAAAUAAUGCCCUCUCAGGUCACAUCCCAUCAUCGAUUGAAAAUUUGAAGAAUCUCGAGUCUUUAGAUUUUUCAAACAAUUCUUUCAAUGGAGAAAUUCCUACAAAUCUUGCAAGUCUAUCUUUCCUUGCAUAUUUGAAUCUAUCAUAUAAUCACUUGGUGGGACAAAUUCCCAUAGGUACUCAAAUUCAAUCAUUUGAAGCUGAUUCCUUUGAAGGGAAUAAGGAGUUAUGUGGACCUCCAUUGACCCAUAAUUGUAGCAAUGGAGUGCUAUCACCUGAAACACCCCAUUCUCAUAUUAAGAGUUCAAUUGAUUGCAAUUUUUUAAGUGCUGAGUUGGGAUUUAUUUUUGGUUUUGGAAUUUUCAUCCUGCCUCUUAUUUUCUGGAGUAGUUGGAGGUUGUGGUAUUCUAAACACAUUGAAGAGAUGCUUCACAAGAUCAUCCCACAACUUGAUUUUGCGUAUGAACAUCAUGGUGGAAAAAGAUAUAGAACUCUUAGGUGGAGCUACUGAAAUCUAAUUAAGUGUCAAAAUAAGGAUUAUGUCCAUUAAUCAAGUUUAGCCCGGUGAUAAAGCAAAGUAG